AAUUCCGAGGCGGGUGCGCGCCGUGAAGGCGUCGGACGCGCGGCUCUCCUGUUGCUCUGAGGAGGCAGAGCCGGUGAUUUUCCACUGGCGAUCAUAUCUCUCCGGUCCCCCCUCGUUUGAGGAGACAAAGGUCAGAAAGACGAGCUUAUAAAUAGGACAAAUUAAAGGCUGGCUGCGCGCUCAAGUCUCACUCGUGGACACAAGAGAAGGUUUUUCCAUUUUUUUUUUGGACGGAAUCAUUGAGAAUUUCCAUCAGGACAGCAGAAAUGGCUCAAAAAGAGAAGCUCCAGUGCCUGAAGGACUUCCACAAGGACACGCUGAAGCCGUCCCCCGGUAAGAGUCCCGGCACGCGACCCGAAGACGAAGCCGAGGGCAAGCACCCCCAGAGGGAGAAGUGGUCCAGCAAGCUGGACUUUGUUCUGUCCGUGGCUGGUGGCUUUGUUGGUUUAGGGAACGUGUGGCGUUUCCCGUACCUCUGCUACAAAAAUGGUGGAGGUGCAUUCCUUAUCCCCUACUUCAUUUUCCUGUUUGGUGGAGGCCUUCCAGUCUUCUUCCUGGAGGUCGCCCUGGGCCAGUUCACUUCCGAAGGUGGCAUCACAUGCUGGGGAAAGCUGUGCCCCAUCUUUACUGGCAUUGGCUAUGCCUCCAUCGUGAUCGUGUCCCUGCUGAAUAUCUACUACAUCGUCAUCCUGGCCUGGGGCCUGUACUACUUGUUCCAGUGUUUUCAGCCUGAGCUGCCGUGGGCCAAGUGCAAUCAGCCCUGGAACACGGAGCGCUGCAUUGAGGACACACACCGCAAGAACAAAAGCCUUUGGCUGCCUUCCAACUCCUCCAACUUCACCUCCCCUGUCACCGAGUUCUGGGAACACAAAGUGUUGGGCAUCUCCAACGGCAUCGACGAGAUCGGCUCCAUCAAGUGGGACUUGGCUCUGUGUUUGCUGCUAGUCUGGGUCGUCUGCUUUUUCUGCAUCUGGAAGGGCGUCAAGUCCACUGGAAAGGUGGUCUACAUCACGGCCACAUUCCCGUUCGUCAUGCUCAUCGUCCUGUUGAUUCGUGGCGUGACCCUGCCCGGCGCCUCUGAGGGCAUCAAGUUUUAUCUGUACCCUGACCUGACUCGCCUGAAGGACCCAGAGGUAUGGAUCGACGCAGGAACCCAGAUCUUCUUCUCCUACGCCAUCUGUUUGGGCGCCAUGACGUCUUUGGGGAGUUACAACAAGUACAAAUACAACUGUUACAGGGACUGUUUGCUGCUGGGAGCCCUCAACAGUGGUACCAGUUUUGUGUCUGGCUUCGCAAUAUUUUCCGUCCUGGGCUUCAUGGCACAAGAGCAAGGGGUGGACAUUGCUGAUGUGGCAGAGUCAGGUCCUGGCCUUGCCUUCAUUGCCUACCCCAAAGCUGUAACCAUGAUGCCUUUCCCCACGCUCUGGGCCAUCCUCUUCUUCAUCAUGCUACUGCUGCUUGGCCUCGACAGUCAGUUUGUGGAGGUGGAAGGGCAGAUCACAUCACUGGUGGAUCUGUAUCCGUCCUUCCUAAGGAAGGGUUACCGCAGAGAGAUCUUCAUCGCUAUCCUAUGCUGCAUCAGCUACCUGCUUGGAGUCACCAUGGUUGCCAAGGGUGGCAUGUAUGUGUUCCAGCUGUUUGACUACUAUGCAGCAAGCGGUGUGUGCCUUCUGUGGGUGGCAUUCUUUGAAUGUGUAGCUGUUGCCUGGGUUUAUGGCGUUGAUAACUUCUAUGAUGCUGUGGAGGACAUGAUUGGCUACAGACCAAACCCUUGGAUGAAGUGGAGCUGGUCUGUCAUCACUCCUUGCUUGUGCCUGAGCUGCUUCAUUUUCUCUCUGGUCAAAUACAAGCCGCUGACGUACAACAAGGUGUACAAGUAUCCUGAUUGGGCCAUCGGAGUGGGCUGGUUUUUGGCUUUGGCCUCCAUGAUCUGCAUCCCCAUGGUGGUGGUCAUCAAGAUCAUUCGAUCCGACGGGCCACUCAUCGAGAGGAUCAAAGCGGUGGCCGCCCCUGUCCGCGGGGGAGCGAGUUCCCGCCCGGCAGACCACUGCAGCCCCCGUGACCUGGCGUACCAGGUGGACUCCAUCGGGAACAAGGGAGUGCUAAUGAAGGGUCCCAGCCACACCAUCGUAGAAACCAUGAUGUAACGCGAGCGGGAGACGCUCUCCAUGAGAUCGCUCUCGCCCCCCCUGCUGUCCUUCUAAAGCUAAAGCUAACGAGCCUUCUGUUGUACUGUCGUCUCCGUCCGUGCGUCCGUCUAGUGGAAUGAAAAGGGUUUUAAGGAGAAAAAAAAAAUUGAUUUUUCAGGAAUACUUUGGGAGGAUAGAAAAACAUUUCCCAUAUGUCUCAGCUGAAGACGCAAUAAUUGAUUAGCUGCUGCUUCCAUUACUGGACAAGAACUUUGAUUCAAUAUUAAACCUGUUGGAUCCAACUGUGGAUUUUUUAAAGGCUCAGCCUAAAAAAAAGGCUCCAAAAAUCAAAGCUAAUUAUGACACGAAUGUGUUUUAACUGACCCCUCCCACAAACAAUUUUAGCUGCACUUGGAGGAUUUUGGAUAUGUCGAAAACACUCCAAAAUCACAUGACACAUCAAAGCCAAAAAAAAAAAGUACAAAAUCAAAGCUGCGAGUACUUUAGCUAACGCUAAGCUAACAGACAGAUCUUGGUCACAGCAGAAUCAGAUGAAUGUGGAUCUUCUCAAAAGCAGGAUCUUGGUUCCUACAACGCACCUUAGCACGUGUGACACCUCCCCCUCCCCCCAGGCCCCCACCUUACCUCUCGAGCCAUCAACUGCAGCGAUCCAUCCGGAAAGGAUUUGAACCCUUAAAUGUGUUGUGUUUCGCGUCGUGUCCAGUAUUAGCUGAUCCGUCUCUUAUCUAUCUCGAUAUCUCGCUGUUCUAGGGACCGUUUAGCGGCCGCACUACUCUUGGAUCGCAUUUAGUUUGUUUUACCGUAGAGGAACUUACUUCUUCUUCUUUCUUAAUCCCUCCUCUGUCUAUCUUCUAUUAGGAAUGUAGUCUUCUGGUGUUUGCUGUUGAUGAGCAUCGCAGUAGUGUCACGUAGAACAAUGCCUGACUGGUAGACAUCAUACGGGCUAAAGUAUUGGGACACCCAGAAACAGGAAGUGAACAUUUCGGGGCAGAGGUCUCGGCUGUACCACACAGCAGAGCAAAGACAGGGAGGGCAGGCAGGAGAGCUGCUAAGGGAAUUACUCCCAAAAAAGGGCAUAUAAUUAAAUUUUUUUUAUGUACAGUAGAACAUUCGUUUUGAGCACCCAUCUGUGUCGAUUGACAAAUCAGGUGCUGGUUGACAAUGUUCUUCUCAGGACUAAAAAGCGCACGCUUAAGUCGACGUUGACAUAAAACUUAAAACCCAAACGGGUCAUUUACAUGAAAACUGGUUAAUGUAGAACCCCCGCGACCCCGAGAGGGAAAAGUGAUAGACAAUGGAUGGAUAGUUUUGUCAGCUAAAAAUAUUCACUAUCCAGCAUUAACACUGUGUGACUUCCUGUUCAGUUCAAAGUCAGCUUCAAAAUAAAGACAUGGCAGUAUUAACUAGGUUUCUACCACAACUUUUUUAGAAGAGUUUUUUUUAGAUUGAUAGCGAUUUGCGUGUACGAAGGAGAUACUAAAUUGGGCCCCUAAGCAAAGUUUAAUAGGAAGGGUCCCUUAUUAGAAACAUUUUUAUUCAUGUGAAACUUUUACUUUUUUAAUUAAUUUUAUUUGAUAGGAUUUUUUUUCCGAUAAUUCAAUAUUUUAGUGCAAAAUAACACAUUUUACAUGAUUAAAACAUAAAAGGGCGACUUUUCCAGGAUGUACGCCCGAUUGCAGCUGAGAUAGGCUCCAGCGACCCCCCGCAACCCUAAAAGGGACAAGCGGUAUAAAAUGGAUGGAUGUAUAAAACAUAAAAUUGCAAACCCUUCUGACUCAACUCUCGAACCCAGUUCAAACCCUUAAAAGACCAGCACUGACGCAGCAUGCCCAAGCGAUAAUCUCUAGGUAUAUGUGCCAUUACAUUCCUAUCAGUGACAGAGCAGGAAGGGGCUCUGAAAAAGUUUGUGGCAAAAUUGUACAUGCACUUAUUCAUGCAAAACAGGGGCCCCCACAGCACAUAUAGAUAGGAGUCAUGAGAACAAAAUAAUAAAAAUAAAAAUAUGCACAAAUGGUUGAUAUGAAUGUCAACAUAAGGAAACAAGUCCUUUAUUAUCGUUUAUUCUUCGUAUGUGUCAGGCCAGAGUCACAAGUAAAAAUUAUCCCGUGUGAGGGGGUGUCGACAUAAACGUGUUCUACUGUACAUGUUCAUGUUGCUUUGCAUAGAACAUGUGCAGCAGGGGUGUCCCAAUACUUUUGCCCACCAUGUUGAGAGAAAAUGAUCCAUCUCGGGCUUGAAGAAAUAUUAAUAUAACUUCUGUGUAGCCAGGCCUGUCGUUUAUGGUGUGCUGUUCCAACAAUGGCGGCCGUACCUUCAGUAGGUGUUUCCUCGUCUUGUAAAUAUCAAGAGACCGGUUUUUCAUUUGGACAAAGUGUGCCAAACAGGACCAGGUGUCCGGUGGUUCUGCUCCAGUGGUUCGGUUGGGAUUUUUCAACGUGGAAUAUAAAGUUUAGAAGACGUGAAAGUUGUCGGUUGGAACGGUUCUAAAAGAUAGCCGUGUUGCUUCAGGACCACGGACAGCGCUCUUGGUCCUGCAUUGAGCCUCAGUGCUGUGUCUCAAAUGGAAUACUUCCAAAACUCUAUACUGUGGACUUAGUUAGUAAACACACAUAUUUUGACAGUGUAGUGCUGUACCAAAUCCAUUGCUGUCACUGCGCUCUUACCGGAAAUGACAAUCGCAAUACUUACCUCUUUUUUUCUCCAACUGGUUAGUACUUUCCACGGCUACAAGUUGCUUUUCAGCCGCCAUUAUUUCAACUUAGUCCCUCCCCUUUUUGCGACGUAGCCAGUAUGGCGACAUUCAGGUCCUGCAUUUUGCCGUACUUAUGCAUUCAAAAGACUUAAGUGUAAGGACAGAAGUGUACCAAUUGAGACACAGCCUCAAAAUGAAGCAGGCUUUAAGAAGUGCAUUUUUACCAGCACAGCAUUGGUACUUGAACACACCACCGUGACUCCUGAGCCUCCUUUAGUGUCAACGCGUGUUUGAUUUCUCUUCACAGAAAUAGUUAUCAUAUUUUAAUUCUGUGGACAGUUGAUAUCUUUACAUUGUGUAAUCCAGGUAAGGGUUGAUGUCAUGGUAUGUCAUCCAGUAAAAUUUGGAUUUCAUGACAUCACCUAAUCCUAUAAACAGUUGAUAUCAUUUCAUCAUGUAAUCCAGUGAACAGUUAAUAUCAUGACAUCGAAUCCAAUAAACCGUUCAUAACAUUACAUCUAUUCCAGUGAAAAUGUGAUAUCAUCGCGUAAUCCAAUGAAGAGUUGAUAUCACAGCAUCUAAUUUUGUGAACAGUAUCAUGUCAAGGUGUAAUCCAAUGAACAGUGGCUAUCAUGGCAUUUAAUUUAGUGACCAGAAUCAUGUUGUUGUGUAAUCCAAUGAACAGUGGAUAUCGUGGCAUCUAAUUUAGUGAACAGUAUCAUGUCACUGUGUAAUCCAAUGAACAGUUGACAUUAGGAUACUGUGUAAUUCAGUGAGAAGUGAAUACGGCAAUUAUCUUGAUAUCAUGGCAUCUAAACCAGGGGAACCGGUUCGAUAUCAUGACAAUUGUGUAAACCAGUGAAAAAUUGAUAUCAUGACACCAUCUAAUCCAUUGAACAGCUGAUAUCAUGCCAUUGUGUAAUACAGUGAACAGUUAAUAUGAAAAUAAUCUAGUGAACAGUUGAUAUCAUGACAUAUAAUCCAGCGAAUAGUCAUCAUGCCAAUGUUUAAUCCAGUGAAGGGUUGAUAUCAUGGUAUGUAAUCCAGGUAAGGGUUGAUAUCAUGAUAUUAAUUCAGUGAAGGGUGGAUAUCAUGACAUCACCUACUGAAAUAACAGUUGACAUUAUGACACUGUGUGAUUCAAAACAGUAUCAUGCUAUCGUGUAAUCCAAUGAAGAGUGGAUAUCAUGGCGUCUAAUACAGUGAACAGUAUCAUGCCAUCGUGUAAUCCAAUGAACAGUUGACAUUAUGACACUGUGAUUCAAAACCGUAUCAUGCCAUCGUGUAAUCCAAUGAAGAGUGGAUAUCAUGGUGUCUAAUUCAGUGAACAGUAUCAUGCCAUCGUGUAAUCCAAUGAACAGUUGACAUGACACUGUGUGAUUCAAAACAGUAUCAUGCCAUCGUGUAAUCCAAUGAAGAGUGGAUAUCAUGGCGUCUAAUACAGUGAACAGUAUCAUGCCAUCGUGUAAUCUAAUGAACAGUGGAUAUCAUGGCGUCUAAUUCAGUGAACAGUAUCAUGCCAUCGUGUAAUCCAAUGAACAGUUGACAUUAUGACACAGUGUUACUCAUGCCAUCGUGUAAUCCAAUGAACAGUUGACAUUACACUGUGUGAUUCAAAACAGUAUCAUGCCAUCGUGUAAUCCAAUGAAGAGUGGAUAUCAUGGCGUCUAAUUCAGUGAAUAGUAUCAUGCCAUCGUGUAGUCCAAUGAACAGGUGACAUUAUGGACACUGUGUAAUUCAAAGAAAAGUGAAAACGACAACUAUCUUGAUAUCAUGGUCUAAACCAUGGGAACCGGUUGAUAUCAUGACAAUUGUGUAAACCAGUGAAAAAUUGAUAUGACACCAUCUAAUCCAAUGAACAGUUGAUAUCAUGCCAUUGUGUAAUACAGUGAACAGUUGACAUGACAUUAAUCUAGUGAACAGGUAAAAUCACGACAUCUAAUCCAUGAACCAGUUGAUAUCAUGACAUCUAAUCCAGUGAACAGUUACAUUGCCAAUGUUUAAUCCAGUGAACAGUUGAUAUCAUGACAUUGUGUAAUCAAUAGUGAUGGCUGCCGGGAUCCAUCCAUAUGUAUAUAUAAAUAUUGCCAGUCACAAUUAGCUUGUGCUCAGCUGGGGGGGAAAAACAAAAUAAAAUAUAUAUAUACUUAUCAUGUCAUGGAACUGUUAUGAAGUGUUAUCACCUGUCAGCCAAAUGGUUUUGCUACAAAGCCACUACUUGGAGACAAUCCUCACUUUUGACCUGUGUGGUUUUCCCAUUGGCCUGUGGAGAACUGGGACGGACAGGCUCUUACCGGGAGGACUUGAGCUGGAUGCUCGGUACGCAAGCCUCCAGCUCAAGUCCUGCUGGUCAGUGUCUCCACGUGCAUGUCGCCUAUAACUUUGGGGACCUGGGGAUAUCUGCGCUGUAUAAACUUUGGGUGGUGGUCUGCACCUGGGGGCUGUGGAAUUGAGUGUGGUGCAGGUGUCUGUAUUUGGUUACACAGAUAAGAGGGAGGAGGUGUUUGUUAUGCGGGAUUCAUUUGUGGGAUUUUAAACAUAAACCUGAUCGGUUUAUGGCUAAUGGUCAAAUAUGUCUUGUGUUUAUUUGUUUAACUCCUUCCUGGCCGAAUAUCAGGUCCCACCCGUGACUCCUUAAUCAGCAUAGUGGCAGCGAUACCCGCGUUUGUUACACAUUGAAACAUUGAUAUCAUGCCAUCGGUAACACUUUAGUAUGGGGAACAUAUUCACCGUUAAUUAGUUGCUUAUUAAAGUAACAACGACUUAAUUUACAGUUAUUUAGACACUAAGGAAACAUAUAAGGGUUAGGGUUCGGGUUAGGGUGUCAUGAUCUGUGGUUUGGAUCAUGUUUCAUGUGUUAAAGGCCUACUGAAACCCACUACUACCCACCACGCAGUCUGAUAGUUUAUAUAUCAAUGAUGAAAUAUUAACAUUGCAACACAUGCCAAUACGGCCUUUUUAGUUUACUAAAUUACAAUUCAAAUUUCCCGGGAGUUUCGUCUUAAAAACGUCGUGUAAUGAUGACGUGUACGCAAGACGUCACAGGUUUUUAGGAAGUAUGAGCGCUGCGCACACACACAGCUAAAAGUCGUCUGCUUUAACGGCAUAAUUACACAGUAUUUUGGAGAUCUUGUGUUGCUGAAUCUUUUGCAGUUUGUUCAAUUAAUAUUGGAGAAAUCAAAGUAGAAAGAUGGAGUUGGGAAGCUUUAGCCAUUAGCCACACAAACACACAGUGAUUCCUUGUUUAAAAUUCCUUGAGGUGAAACUUUACUAUGGAUCAGAGCGUGGUCAAGCAAACAUGAAUCAUGACGGAAUGUCAACCAGCAGGUUUCGGUGAGAAAAUUGUGGUAAAAAGUUCCUUCUUACCGGAGAAAAGCUGAGCUUGUGUCGUCCAUGAAGCUGCCGUCGACUCCCGUGAGACAUCGGCGUCAAGACACCCGUGGACGUACACCUCCGACUAUCAGGCACUAUUUAACUCACUAAAACACUAGCAACACAAUAGAAAGAUAAGGGAUUUCCCAGAAUUAUCCUCGUAAAUGCCUCUAAAAACAUCGGACUCUGUCCCAAUGCAAUCGCGUUUUUUUUUGUUUUGUUUUUCUAGUCCGUCGCUUUAAAUAUCCUCAAACACAAAUCUUUCAUCCUCGCUCAAAUUAAUGGGGAAAUAUUCGUUUUCUCGGUUAGAAUAGCACUUUUUGUUGGAGGCUCCCAUUAAAAUCAAUGUGAAUAUGUGAGGAGCCCCCACACGUGUGACGUCAUCGUCUGCGACUUCCGGUAGAGGCAGGGCUUUUCUCUUAGCACCGAAAGUUGCAAACUUUAUCGUGGAUGUUCUCUACUAAAUCCUUUCAGCAAAAAUAUGGCAAUAUCGCGAAAUGAUCAAGUAUGACACAUAGAAUGGACCUGCUAUCCCCGUUUAAAUAAGAAAAUCUCAUUUCAGUAGGCCUUUAAGACUCACAUUAGUUCCUGUUUGCAUUGCCUUGUUUGUUUUGUUCACCAGUGUCUUGAUUAGUGCUCGCCCACUCACCUGCUUCCCGAGCACUAAUCAGAGGCAGUAUUUAAACCUGUCUCUGUCAGGCGGCUAGUUUUUUCACCCCAAAGUUCAUGUUGCUCCUUCAUGCCUUAGAUCCAUGCUCGUUUUCCUGUCAAGUUUUGUUUAUCGUCCACAGUUUUGUCUAAGUUGGGUUUCCGCCUUGUGCGCGCCUUUUCUUUGUACUUUUUUGUAUCUUCUGAGUUAAAGAUUAAAUCAUGUUUUUACCUGCACGCCAUUGCCCGAGUAGUCUGUCUGGCUUCCUGCGACCCACCAUCUUGACAUAGGGUUACUAAGGGAGGUUAUUGAGGGAAGACUCUUAGUUAAUAACUUACUUGUUGGUUGUAUAAUAAGGCGUCAGUACGUACUUAAAAAUGACUAAUCAAGAGCCAAUAUGUUACUAAUUUGCAUGUCAAUUAGCAAUUAAUGGUGAAUAUGUUCCGAUGAGGUGGCGACUUGUCCAGCGACCCCAAAAGGGACAAACGGUAAAAAAUGGAGGGAUGGAUUUUCCCUCAUACUGUCAACUUCUAAUCUUGUGAACAGUUAAAAUCAUGACAUUAAAUCCAGGAAUUAGUUGUCGUCAUGACAUGGUGUAAUCCAGUGAAGAGUUGAUAUCAUGACAUCUAAUCCAACUGUUGAUAUCGUGACAUUGUGUAAUCAAUGAAAAGUUGAUAUGUCAUCUAGUCCAGUGAACAGUCGAUAUCAUGACCUUGGCACAUAUCCAGCUGCUUGGCGUUAGCUUCCCUCCUUUGACAGUUGUCUGUUCUUCUAGCAAGUGAUACAGGUCGUGCUGUUCUCGGGGCUAAAGCAGACGUGAUAUUUGCUGCUUUGCUGUCUUUCUGCUUCAAUCGACCCCUUAUUUUGCGUCUGCUUGGUCCCCCCUCCGCCCGGCCCCACGGUCCCCGCCAGCCAGUCACUGACGACCAUGUAUUUUUGCGUGCGGAAGCACGUGAUGCACUACUUUGUACUGCCCAAAUGUGAACAUGUGAUCUUUAUUUUGGUGUGCGUUUUUUUUUUUUUUUUUUUAAUUAAGCUCUGCAGCUUGUGUACUUUUUUUCCCCUUAUUUGCCUUUUUUAUUUCUAACAUUUUCAAUUUGUUACAAAAGUCAAUGAUGUGCAAUACGCUUCCCGUCAUAUUGUUCCAAAAGUGUUUUGAUAUUAAAAAAAAUGUUCCAUAUGAAGAAUGGAGAAUUUACCGGAUAAAGUAUUUCCUGUGUGUUAUUUGCUCAGUGCUGCCACCCUGCGAGACGUCAGGGAACUACAUCAACAUUUGUGUACUGUAAUUCCUCAUUCACUAAAGCCUGGACUUUUCAUCAUCCUCGACUCUGUCCUCCAACUGAUGGUUUCCAUAGCGACGACCAUCUCCCGCUCCACCCUCCCUUUGUUCAUUGGAAAAUGUUUAACAAGCAUUUCAAAGUUUUUUUUGUUUUGUUUUUCAUCUCCAAGAUUGGAAAAACAGUGAUCAGGUUUUACAAAUGUCAAACUUGUCUAUGGUUGUUUUCUUAUUUAAAAACACAUCAUCCGGAGACUUCCUGCAGUUUCAUUUGUUUCACUACACAUCUGGUAUGUACAGAUAUAGUGGAUCCCAAUAAUGCAGAGACGAUGGCUAUACAGCAAAAAAGGUCUUUCUCUUUAUUCUUGAUGGUAAACACAAAAAGGCAGCGAAUGCAAAGCGAUCAACACACCAUAAAGAUACUACAAAGGGAAAUAACCAAAAUACAAAAAAUUAGGACGCUAGGCAAAGCUCAGAAAUAUUGGGCAGACAUGGGAAGCCUAGGUGUAAAGAAAAUAACUCUCCAGUGAGAGUAAAGUGUAUUUCUGGUCUCGUCAUCCUCGUCCGGACAGAAGGAUGAUGCUUUACUGAAGCAAAAGUUGCUUUAUUACAAGUAAGCACCAAGUCAUACAAGUCUGCAGCUCCCUGGAGGAACCGAGGUAAAAAAAAAUGAAGGACUCCUAAACUGGAGAAACCAAACCUUCAGUCUUAUAUUCCUAUUAUUGAAGCAGAGCGAUAAAUGAUGCAGUCAUAUUCACUCACACAUCUAAUCAUACACAUCUUGCUUUCAGUGUUUCAGUGCCAGUAAGGAUGGGGAUAGAAAACUGGUUCUUGAUCAGAUCCUGUUCCCGGUGUAUCAAUUCCUUGAAAUUCUUUGCCAUUUUUUUUCCAAACAGUUCCCUUAUUGCAGUGGUUCUCAACCUUUUUUCAGUGAUGUAGCCCCUGUGAAAAUUGUUUUAAUUCAAGUACCCCCUAAUCAGAGCAAAGCAUUUUUGGUUGAAAAAAAGAGAUAAAGAAGUAAAAUACAGUACUAUGUCAUCAGUAACUGAUUUAUUAAAUUGUAUAACUGUGCAAAAUA